AUGGCACCAGAGGAGGAAGCUACCGAGGUGUCGCACCCCACGAAGCGCAUAAGAUGGGCAACUCACCGCGCAACAGGCGCUAAAGCUGAAAACAAACGCAUGUCGCUGAAAGAGCGCCUGCACCGGCGGGUCGGAUCCAACGGCGAGAAGAAAAGGGACUCGAUGGGCAAAGAAACCGGAUCGCCCGAGAAUGGCGACAUGGCCAGUUCCGAGGCCGACAGCGACGAGCAAGAUGGUGGUCGCACUGUCUAUUUCGGCGUCCCCCUCCCCGCGCACGAGAAAGAUGAAGAUGGCUACCCUCUCGCACACUUUGCGAGGAACAAGAUACGAACGGCCAAAUACACUCCCCUGAGCUUUAUACCCAAGAAUUUGUGGUUUCAAUUCCACAACAUCGCAAACAUGUACUUUUUGUUUAUCAUAAUUCUAGGCAUUUUCCCUAUCUUCGGUGCCUCGAAUCCUGCCCUCAACGCCGCGCCCCUCAUCGUCAUUCUUUCCGUUACUGCCGUUAAGGAUGCUGUUGAAGAUUGGCGCAGAACCGUCUUGGACACAGAGCUGAAUAAUGCCGAUAUUCAUCGGUUGGUCCAUUACAGCAACGUAAACACGGCUGGCGAUACUAUUUCUGCAUGGCGCAAGUUCAAGAAGGCUUGCACAAGAGCCGUUGUCUUCACGUACCGCUGGUUCAAGAGCAAGGGGAAAUCAGGCAAAGGCAAAGGGGCCUCGCAACAGGACGUAGAGUCGCGACACUCUGUGGACACUAGGCGUGCUUCCGUCAUGUCCUACGCCGGCCCUCAUGAUGAAGGCGACAUCCAGAUGACCCCUGUCCCGUCGCCCUUGCCGGGACAGUCUCCGCGUCACUCGGAUGGAGGGCCUUUCGCGGACGUCUUAGAGGGCGAUAAGAUUCGCGAGCCAGGACACAAUCAUCCCAGGAAAUUCUAUGGCAGUGUUAUAGACCCCUACAAGACCGUUCCGGACAAAGCCCGGUUUAUCAAGGAUCAUUGGAAGAAUGUCCAAGUUGGGGAUUUUGUUCGAUUAUAUAACAACGAAGAAAUCCCGGCAGAUGUGGUGGUCAUUUCCACCUCUUCCGAUGACGGAGCCUGCUAUGUCGAGACCAAGAAUCUGGAUGGUGAGACUAACCUGAAAGUUCGCAAUGCUCUCCACUGUACGCGCGAUGUGAAGCAUGCGCGCCAUUGCGAGCGAUCGGAAUUUUGGAUUGAGAGUGAGGCUCCCCACUCCAACCUUUACUCCUAUACCGCUGUUAUACGCUGGAUGCAGCACAAUGCAAAGGACCCUAAUGCAGCCCCUUACGAAAUGGCCGAGCCGAUCUCGAUCAACAAUCUACUCCUUCGUGGAUGUCAACUCCGGAACACCGAAUGGGUUUUAGGAGUGGUUAUGUUCACUGGAGAAGAGUCGAAGAUCAUGCUGAACUCCGGUAUCACGCCGAGUAAACGUCCUCUCAUUAGCAAGGAACUCAACUGGAACGUCAUCUACAACUUCAUCAUUCUGUUUGGUAUGUGCCUUGUGUCCGGUAUUGUUCUGGGCGUGUUCUGGGCCAAGCCAGACACAUCCCAUGCUCUCUUCGAGUUUGGAUCUUACGGCCACAAUCCCGCUACUGAUGGUGUCAUCGCCUUCUGGGCUGGUGUUAUUCUCUUCCAGAACUUGGUGCCUAUCUCUCUGUACAUCACCUUGGAAAUCAUCCGGACACUUCAGGCCGUAUUCAUCUACAGCGACGUGGAAAUGUACUAUGCGGCUAUCGACUAUCCUUGUACGCCUAAGAGCUGGAACAUCUCCGAUGAUGUUGGCCAAGUUGAGUACAUCUUUUCGGACAAGACUGGCACCUUGACACAAAAUGUCAUGGAAUUCAAGAAAUGUACUAUCAAUGGUGUACCGUAUGGAGAAGCAUACACUGAAGCACAAGCUGGUAUGCAACGAAGGCAAGGAAUCGACACAGAUGCGGAAGGCGCUCGCGCACGUGAGCAGAUUGCGCGAGAUCGCGUUCGCAUGAUCGCCGAUAUCAGGAAGAUGCACGACAAUCCAUAUCUCUGGGACGAUGACCUUACAUUCGUGGCUCCAGACUUCGUUGAAGAUCUAGCCGGCGAAUCGGGACAUGAACAGAAGCGGGCCAAUGAGGCCUUCAUGCUUGCACUCGCUCUUUGCCAUACUGUAGUUACAGAGAAGACGCCUGGGGACCCACCUAGAAUCGAGUUCAAGGCACAAUCUCCUGACGAGGCCGCUCUGGUGGCAACAGCCCGCGACGUGGGCUUCACUUUCGUUGGUAGGGAAGACGAUCGCCUUGUGAUCAACGCGCUUGGUGUGGAGAGUCGAUACACUGUGCUCAACACUCUCGAGUUUAACUCAACGAGAAAGCGGAUGAGCGCGAUUAUUCGGAUGCCUGAUGGCAAAAUAAGACUCUUCUGCAAGGGAGCGGAUAGCAUGAUAUACUCGCGACUAAUCGCAGGACAGCAGCGAGAGCUACGUGCAACUACUGGAGAACACUUGGAAAUGUUUGCCCGGGAAGGUCUCCGUACCCUAUGCAUCGCCCAAAGAGAUAUCCCCGAACAAGAGUACCAGGAAUGGAACAAGGAGUACGACCUGGCUGCGAACGCUGUUGCCGGCCGUGAAGAAAAGCUUGAAGAGGUUUCUAGUCGUAUUGAAACCGAUCUUUGGCUUAUCGGAGGUACCGCCAUCGAAGACAAGCUGCAGGAUGGCGUUCCGGAUUCUAUCUCUCUCCUUGGCAGGGCCGGUAUCAAGCUCUGGGUCUUGACUGGAGAUAAGGUGGAAACUGCCAUCAACAUCGGCUUUUCCUGCAAUCUGCUCAACAACGAUAUGGAUCUGAUGGUUCUCAAGGUUACAGACGGAAAUAUAGCAACAGCUGAAGCCUGGCUCGACGAGAAACUCGCUCUUUUCGGCAUGACCGGGUCCCAGGAAGAGCUCGAUGCCGCUCAGACCGACCAUGUCCCGCCGCCAGCCACCCAUGCUAUUGUCGUCGACGGAGACAGCCUGAAACUGGCACUGGAUGAUGCAUUGAAGAGGAAAUUCCUCUUGCUUUGCAAGCAGUGUCGAGCUGUCUUGUGCUGUAGAGUUAGCCCAAGUCAAAAAGCUGCUGUUGUCAAUAUGGUCAAGACUGGCUUGGACUGUCUAACGCUUGCUAUUGGAGAUGGUGCCAACGAUGUCGCCAUGAUCCAAGAAGCUCACGUCGGUGUUGGUAUCGCAGGUGUCGAAGGUCGCGCCGCUGUCAUGUCCUCCGAUUAUGCUAUUGGCCAAUUCCGCUUUCUGACAAGGUUGGUGCUUGUUCAUGGACGCUGGUCGUACCGAAGGCUGGCAGAGUGCAUUGCAAAUUUCUUCUAUAAGAACGUUGUUUGGACCUUCUCUCUGUUCUGGUACCAGAUCUUCACCAACUUCGACAGCCAGUACAUCUUCGAUUACAGCUACAUCGUCUGGUUCAACCUGGCUUUCACGUCCCUGCCCGUCAUUCUGCAGGGUGUUCUAGACCAAGACGUCAACGAUCGUGUAUCGCUGGCCGUUCCUCAGCUUUAUGUGCGAGGUAUCGAAAGGAAAGAAUGGUCGCAAUUGAAGUUCUGGAUGUAUAUGGUUGACGGUAUCUAUCAAUCAGCCAUCGCCUUCUUUUUCGUCUACAUGGUCUUUGCCCCAGGAACUUUCGUUACCGAAAAUGGACUCGACAUUGCUGAACUGAAACGCAUGGGCAUAAUAGUAGCGACCAUUGCAGUAUGCGCGGCCAAUUUCUACGUCUUAUUCAACACCUACCGUUGGGAUUGGCUGAUCUGCCUCGUCGUUGUCAUCAGCACCUUGUUCAUAUGGUUCUGGACCGGUCUAUAUACGACAUUCACGGGCAGUGCUCAGUUUUACAAGGGCGGUGCCGAGGUCUACGGUGCUUUGGUGUUCUGGGCUGUACUGCUUCUGGCCGUGGUCGCAUGCUUGCUGCCAAGGUUCUGUGUGAAGUCGCUUCAAAAGAUCUAUUUCCCUCUGGAUGUUGACAUUAUCCGCGAACAAAUCAAACAGGGAAAAUUCGACUACCUUAACCAAACGGACGCAUUUAUACCGCCGCCGCCGCCGGAAAAGGCAAUCUCCAAGGUGCCCUCGGAUGUCUCCAAAUACAAGGUUGCAAACGCGCAGGAUGGUGAUGACGACGUUCGCCCCAUCUAUCCACCUUCUGUUGCUCCCACCGCCACCACGCACAACCCUAGGAGCCAGAAUGGCAGCGGUAGUACUGACUACACGUUCCGCCAAUCCGGCGAAGGCAUACCGCAACAUCGCAUUUCGAUGGAUCGACCGCGCCCAUCCUAUGAUCGUGCACGUAUGUCAAUGGACCGUGUUCGACCAAGUUUCGAAGCCAGCAAUGACUUUACGUCUGCUGCGAUGCUGACACGAAUGGAGUCAGCGCACAGCCGCAAUAGUUUGAGUGCGGCUCCAAAUACUGGCCCUCAGAUCGCCAGCCGGCUACGGAACGUGUUCCGAAGACCUACUGUCACACGAGAGGAGGCACCGGAGCACCUGCGGGAUAGCGAACAACCUCCCGUACCUUCAGUAAACCACACCGAGGACGGCGCACGGAGUCCACCACGGAGCCCGCCCCGGUGA